GAGGAAUCGUCCAGUUUUUCUAUCAUCUAUCACACUCCAUGACCGAUACCAGAACUCCAUUUCCCCUAACAUUAUGCCCUCCGGCCCAUUUGGCGUGUCAUCGCAAUCGAGGAGAAAGCUCAAAGCUUUUGCAUUCGACGAAAGACUGCUGGGCGGAGACGAAGACAAGGAGAAUCAAUCGGAUCAGAAUGCUAUCACAAACCCCAACUCAGAUGACUGUGACCGUCAGGACGAGGUCCCCGAGCCUAGAGUCCCUCAUACACCCGCAGUGCGCAUUCCCAUCGAAGACCUCAUUGCAAAUACCGAAGAUGCAUACAAUUGCGCUCCACCGAUAGGGACGCCCAAAGACCACGUUCUCUGGCAGACACACCCGGACAGCUCAGACGCCUCAGCAGUAGCUGGCGCCACGCACAGAAGCAGAAAACGCGCUCACAGUUCCUCACCCUCCUCCUCACAACAGCUCUCCGCACACAAGGAUGCCUUGAAUCUUGACACCCUCAACAAGUCCCUCCGCACUCCCAACAAUGAUCCCACACAAGAUCUCUGGAACAGGUACACAACCGCCAAUGGAUUGAAGAAAGACGGGAAAGAGCCCACUUUGCCUGCAUAUGUCCAUUUACUUCCUUCAUCCCCUCAAACACCGAGCACUACCAGUAAGGACAGCGGCUUGAGACGAACACACAGCUGCGGGGUUGAAUGGCCCACGUCAAAAGCGAAGCGCCGAAGGGUAGAGACGACCCAGCAUCACAGCCGCACUAAAGAGCUAUUUGCCGCUUCCCGCAAGGAGAUUCUGCGCCGUGAUCUUUCCAAUAAUACUCGAGUUGGUCUUCUGCUUGACAGAAUCCAGGAGAGUUUGACCAGGAAGGCCGAUGCUGCCGAAAGCCCCUCAAGUUCCUCGCCACUUCCAGACAGACGCUCGCAGGCAUUUGUUUCGCCAACGAAGCCUCCGAACAGAACCAGGCAAAGGUCCGCUGGUCCAGCAGACGCAGCUCACGCUCCCCGAAUAGCUCAUUCACCAGAGACUGUGGUCCCGACCGAAACAUUGUCAUCGUUUGAAUUCAGCGACGAUGGUCUCGAUGUUGAAGCUUUCGAAUGUGUUGAACGGGCCCUCGAACAGGUCGAGGCGAAGAUCGAAAUAACCCAGACUGAACCAGAUCGCAAAGUGGACUGGCCGAGUACGCGGCCGAGUGCUCAAUACCACGAUAAGGUUGGAACCCUCCAGCUUGAUGGAUUCGGAGACCAAAACGAGAGGCAACGAAAUGAGAAUCAAAAGCCACUCCAGUCGGGUGUUGCUGCAGAAUUUGAUGAAUUUGAUGAUGAUGACGAUGACGAUGAAGAAUUGAUGAAUGAGAUGCUUGAUCUUGCUGCACAGUAUGAUUCGCAGUCGCAGGCCGUUGCAGCCGAUCCACAAGCCUUUGCGAAGCCUACUUCAGCGACCAAUCCACAAUCCAAGCACCUUGAAACACUCGAUGAGUUUGAAGACGUAUUUGAUGACGAUGAUGAGCUCUGGGAGGACAUUGCCAAUGCGACCUAUGGAAAAAGCAGGACACCAAUUACAUCCAAGGAUCAUAGAUCAAUUGACAAUCGAGCCAUCAAACGUUAUCUCGUAGUGGAGGUCUUUGAGAGUGAGUAUGAGUACAAGCCCGGCCGCAAAAGACCUGAAAAAAUGCUUUCAGUCAAAGAUGAGAGAUCUAGCAUGUGCUAUAUUAUCCUGUUACGGGAAUCCUGGUACGAUACCAGAUGCAUCAAAGGAUCUUAUGUUCACGUCAUUGGCCAAUUUGAUCUCACGGGCCAGUGCAUCGUCAACGAUGCCGACAACAUGGUCAUUAUCCAUCCUGACCAUCUCAUUUCCUCAACUGUGGUCGGAGAUUCCUUCACCUGUAUGCGGCGUGCCGUGCUCCAAGACAGAGUAAAAGCCACCAGCGCAGCGAGUCAGCCUCAGGUUUACGGCCACAUCCUGCACGAAGUGUUCGGGCGUGCUUUACAGAUAAACAGAUGGGAUAUCCAGUCCUUCAGAGAGAUCAUUGACAAGAUUCUUCCUUCUUACGUCGAAUCGCUGUAUGAAAUCGGCGUUCGACUGCAUGAAGCAACGGAAUAUCUUCUUGGAAAGACACCGGAACUGAUGGCAUGGGCUAGUGUUUUCGUCGGCGACACUUUGUCACUAGAUGCUCUCAUCCGUGACCGAAAUGGCCUUCUCGUUCCCGCCUCCAUUAAUAAGUUGCUUGAACUCGAAGAACAUAUCUGGUCGCCUAUGUACGGUCUCAAAGGCAACAUCGACGCCACAGUUCAAGCACAGAUGAAGCUGCCGAAUGAACAAUCAGCCAGGACUCUGCUAGUGCCCUUCGAGCUGAAGACCGGUAAGAAGGACAAUGUGGAGCAGCACCGUGUGCAAACAGCACUUUAUACUCUGCUCUUAUCAGACAGAUACGAUAUCACUGUGACAUGCGGCGUUCUCUACUACCUGGAAACCUCCAAAACAUACAGGGUUGAAGGCAUCAGAAACGAGAUACGCCACAUGAUCAUCCAGCGAAAUGAACUGGCAUGCUAUGUUCACGACAAGUUAGCUUUGCCACCCAUGAUCAAGAAACAACACCUCUGCAAAAGCUGCUAUUCAAAGGCGGCUUGUUUCACCUACCACAAGCUGUCCGAAAAUGGCACCGCAGAAACCAGUGGUCUGGGGGAGAAGUUCAACGAAGUUGUCGGCCACCUGUCACCGGCGCACCAGUCUUUCUUCAAAAAGUGGGAUGAUUUGCUCACGAAGGAAGAGCGUGAUUCCAUGAAAUUCCGCCGCGAGCUCUGGACAAUGUUGAGUUCAGAGCGCGAAACACUUGGACGCUGCUUUUCAGAGGUAGUCAUUCAGCCUGGAUCAGCCCUUGAAAAUGCUGAAGGCUCCAAGAUCAACCGAUUCGAGUACACCUUUGUCAAGCAUACGCACCGCCCCGGCUUCUCCUUCAGGGAUUCACAGAUCACCACCGGGGAGCCAAUUGUGAUAUCGGACGAGAGAGGACAUUUCAACUUCGCAGCCGGUUUCGUCACCAAUGUACAACCUAGUAGGGUGGUGGUAGUGGUAGACCGGAAACUCGAACGCGCACAAAAGAAAUUGGAAGGCUUCGACCCUGUGGCCAACCAAGUAUUUUCUGGUCGUAUGGAUGUAGCUAACAACAGCAACUCCCAGACUUCACAACGCGACGAACCCAUCCUCUAUCGGAUCGACAAGGAUGAAUUUGCGAACGGCAUGGCUACGGCAAGGAACAAUAUCCUUCGCAUGAUGGAAAAGGAUCUCUGGCGAGCCCGAGAGCUUCGUCAGUUGAUCAUCGAGAACAGGCAUCCAGAGUUCACGGUCCCUUCAACCGCUUACACUCUAUCUGGACCUGCUUCACAACAGAAUCUUAAUGCUGAUCAGCAACGAGCCAUUGAGAAGGUGAUGAGUGCCAAAGAUUAUGCCCUCGUCCUCGGAAUGCCAGGCACGGGGAAAACCACAACUAUUGCUCACAUCAUCCGCGCGCUUGUGUCACAAGGCAAAUCAGUCCUUCUUGCCUCGUACACACAUACUGCUGUGGACAAUAUCCUGUUGAAAAUCAAGGGUGAUAACAUCCCCGUCCUGCGGAUUGGAGCUGUCAACAAAGUGCAUCCUGAGGUGCAGUCUUUUGCAGAUAUCUCAGGGAUCCCCAAACGCACGACCGAAGAGCUUCACGUGUCGUGGCACGAAAGUAAGGUUGUGGCAACUACUUGCCUUGGUGUCAACCAUGGCAUUUUCAAUGCCCGGACAUUUGACUACUGCAUCGUGGAUGAAGCUUCUCAGAUCACAUUGCCGGUGUGCUUGGGACCGAUUCGCAUGGCCAGGACUUUUAUUCUCGUGGGUGACCACUACCAGCUACCACCUCUCGUCCAGAAUAAACAGGCUUUGGAGGGCGGUCUAGAUGUGAGUCUGUUCAAGUUAUUGUCUGAUGCGCAGCCAGACUCUGUGGUCAACCUGGAACACCAAUACCGUAUGGCGGAGGACAUCAUGCUUCUGUCCAAAGAACUUGUCUAUUCAGGCCGAAUCAAAUGUGGUAAUGAAGCUGUUGCCAGACGGAUGCUUGACAUCCCAGACCUUGAUGGCGGGAUGGCUGCGCAUCAUUUCACAGCGUCUGCCCUGGCAAAGACCAGCAAUCACAGUACGCAGACAGUUUGCCUCGCCACCCCCAGCUGCUGGCUCCGACGCGCACUCUCGCCUUCUUCUCGCUGCCUCUUCCUCGACACUGACAGUUCCACACCCAGAGGUCUGGCACGAGAAACCGUGGCAGGUGCCCGAAUCACCAACACAAUCGAAUCAAUCCUUACAGCACAGCUGGUCACCGCCUUAAUUCACUCCGGCGUCGCAGCCCGAUCCAUUGGGGUAAUCACCUUCUACCGUUCUCAACUUGCACUCCUAAAGAGCGACGUGAAAGCCCUCGCUGGCUCUGUUGCGUCAGGCGAGGUGGAAAUGCAUACCGCCGACAAAUAUCAGGGCCGAGACAAGGAGGUUGUGAUAUUGAGCUGUGUGAGGAGUAACGAGAACAACCACGUCGGAGACCUUCUCAAAGAUUGGCGACGAGUGAACGUUGCAAUCACGAGGGCAAGGAGUAAGCUGCUGCUCGUGGGAAGUAGGAGCACUUUGGAAGGAAGUGAUGUGCCCAUCUUACACGGCUUGACAAGGAUUAUGGGGGAGAAGGGGUGGAUCUUGGAACUGCCAGGUAAAGCUUGUGAGACGCAUUACUUCGAGAGUGCGAUCACUCAGGCCAACAACGGUGCUACGCAGAAGUGUAGUGUUGCUGGACUUUUUGGUGUGGAAGAAGCGAGCAGUUCACCUCUAUCACCAUCAUCAAAGAAGCAAAAGCGAUCGAUUCGGCAGACGAGCGAGAAUAACUACAGCAAUAAGAGUCCUGAGAAGAAGCAGAAGCGAAGCCCCUUCAGAAAGCCGGACAAGGUUGUGAGAGGGACUGCACUGGUCGGUGGCCCUGAUGGCGGUCUGCGGAAGUUCUUGGAUAAACGACCUGUCUUACGGGAUGUUUUGGGUGAGCUCAUCAGCGGUGGCUACGAAAAAGACUUGGACAAGGAGAACAUCCGCCUCGAUGCAGAUAUGGAUAUGGACAUGGAUGCAGAUUUCGACCUUGCGGAUUUUGGAGUAUACUGAAAGCACGGCAAUGCAGCGAGUGGAAGUUAUGGAGUUCAGGGAGUGUUAUUCGGACGUUGGCUCAUCUGGAAUUUAGAUUAUUCAGGAUAAAGUCUUCUGAAGCUUUGGGGCCACAUCACAACAGGUUGGACAAAAGCACCAUCAUGAGGUAUGGCAUAUUUGUGUGGGUUUGGAGCGAGGUUGUAGCAUAAUUGCCUCGUAGAGAUGCGAGGGAGGGCUACGAAGAGAGCCGAAGAUCAGCAAUUGAAUGAGAG